AUGGUACUUUUGCACUCACUUUGCACCUCUCUGUCUCCUCUAAGCACUUUACCUGUGCCAAGUGCCCAUCAGGAUGGCAAGAUGGGCAGGCGGCAGGCAGGCCCCAAGACCCGGGGUUGGGGCUGGCGGUGGGAGCUGCCCGUCCCAUUGGCAAGACCUUUGCAGCGGAUGGCAGAGCAGACCACCAUGGGUUACGUGCUUUCCGACACCGUCUUAACGAGGGUCACCCCCAGCCUUGUCCAGAUUCUCAGCCUGCUGUCCCCCCCAUCACUCUGCUCCUCCCAUGAAUACAGCUCGGAAGGCUUGGGGCCGCCUGGCCUCCCGUCAUCUCAUCACCCCUGGACACAGACUCCCGGUGCCAGGCCCACCUGGGCAGCCUCCGAGGCGUGGGGGACCAGUGAUUCACCCCACUUCCACUCCUCCCCAGGCCCGGCCCUGGCUCUGCCUCUCACCCCCGCCCCCCCCCCCCCCCCCGCCUCAGUGCUCUUUGCAGACCCCGUCUGGCAGAUGGGCACCCACUUUGCACAGCAUCUCUGA